UACCUUCCCGCUGCUUUUCCCUCUCUUUUUAUAACAGCUAAUUUAACACAGCUUCUACCUCCACACCCUCUCUCUCUCUCUCUCUCUUCCUCAUCACUUCAAAACCCUAGAUUCCUCUCUCUCGCUGAGGAUGGGAGCUUGCAGCAUGGAUGAGCUUCCGAAGUGCAGCUUCGCGGCGUCUCUUGACCGGCGGUUCUCGAAGCACGUGCACGACAACGUCCACGGCAACAUUUAUCUCGACCAGCUUUCCUUAAAGUUCAUUGAUACCGAACAGUUUCAGAGGCUUCGUGAUCUGAAGCAACUAGGUGUAGCACAUCUGGUUUACCCAGGGGCCAUGCAUUCUCGAUUUGAGCAUUCGCUAGGGGUGUAUCGGCUGGCUGGCGAAGCAAUUUAUCAAAUUCAGACUCACCAAGGUUUCGAGCUUGACAUUGAUCAUUUUGAUGUACAGACAGUGAGACUUGCUGGGCUACUGCAUGAUGUGGGCCAUGGACCAUUUAGCCACAUGUUCGAGCGUGGGUUUCUUCCACAGGUCCUAAAUGGCUUUAAAUGGUCUCAUGAGGAAAUGUCUCUGAAGAUGAUUGACUACAUUGUUGAUGAGCAUAAUAUUGAAAUUGAUCCUGAACGCCUUAAGAAAGUGAAGGAAAUGAUAAUAGCUAGCUCUGAACAUGCUUCAACAAAAGGCGUAAAAGAGAAGCAAUUCUUAUAUGAUAUUGUUGCAAAUGGUCGAAACGGGAUAGAUGUUGACAAAUUUGAUUACAUUGUUCGUGACUCCCGGGCUUGUGGUCUAGGCUGUAAUUUUCAGUUUGAGAGGUUGCUGGAAACAAUGCGAGUUAUGGAUGAUGAGAUAUGUUAUCGUGCUAAAGAUUAUCUUACAAUCCAUAAGUUGUUUGCCACUCGAGCUGAUCUGCAUCGAACAGUCUAUAUGCAUGCAAAAGUAAAGGCAAUAGAACUCAUGAUUGUUGAUGCCCUGCUGAAAGCAAAUGAUUAUCUUCAAAUUUUGUCCUACAUUGAUGAACCGGCUAAAUACUGCCAGUUAGAUGACUCAAUAAUAAAGACCAUUGAAACUUCUCACCAGCAGGAGCUUAAGGAAUCUAGAGAUUUGAUCCUGCGCAUACGGAGAAGGGAUCUGUACCAGUACUGCAAUGAGGUGGCAGUUCCAAGGAGUGAUAUGGAUCACUUUAAAGAUGUUACUCCCCAAGAUAUCGUUUGCUCCCAGAAAUCUGAAGGCAUAACACUGAAAGAAGAUGAUGUUGCUGUGAGCAAUGUCAGGAUUGAUUUGACACGUGGAAGGAAUAACCCUCUGGAAAAUAUCAACUUUUUCCAGGAUUAUGAAAGCGACGAGAAAUUCCCCAUACAAGAGAAUCGGAUCAGUCAUCUGCUGCCUGCAUGUUAUCAGGAUAUGAUUGUGCGAGUGUAUUCUAAAAAGCCUGAACUGGUGGAAGCUGUGUCUGAGGCCUUCGAAAAUUUUCAGGUGAAGCAAUAUGGGAGGAAAGCACAAGUGCAUGCAACUCCAGAGAAGAAGAAACGUCGAAGGUGAUUUGCUGCACCAAUUCUCUCUGGACAUCUUGCUUUCUAUUUUCAGAUGUACAUAGAGACAUGUUCAUAAUUUUCAUUCUGAAGAUCAAUACGGAUAUAUUGCAUAGGAUUGUAGGGAAGUCAUGAGCAAGUGUACAAGUUCAUAUUCCCCCUCUCCCCAAAAGAAAAGACUUCCAUGUGGUAUUUUGUUGACCAAGUUUUCUUUUUUCAUGUAUUAACAGUAUAAGGAGUGCCGUAUGAUUUCAUAGAUGGAUUGAUGCAGUCUCUUUUUGACAGAAAAUUCCUUGGAUCUAAUAAUUUUGUUUGUGAAA